AUGCACUUGCUUACGCUGGCAACAACUCUUUCUAUGACAGCAUCUUGCUGCGCUGCCCAAUGCCCAGAUACCAUUGACAAGCUAAACAAGACGCUCCACGGCCGUAUCCAGCGUAACGAACCCUUUGCUCUACCUUGCUUCUCCUCCUUCGAAGGCCAGCCUAUUGCCCGAGAUGAGAAUGCAUGUGCUGAACGACAGGCCAAUUAUCAGGAUCCGCUGUACCGUCACCAGUUCCCAGGUGCCUACAUGUACGACUGGGUCCCUAUCAACCUCUCCGAUUCUACCGCUACCGAUCAGUGUUUGCUCGAUCCCAGCAACCUUAACAAUUCGCAAGCUUGGCAAGGCCGCGAUUGUAAACUUGGUAAUUUGCCGUCGUAUUACCUCGAUGUCCAAUCAGAACAGGAUGUAUCUUUGGUAUUCCAGCAUGCACAAAAGCACAAGCUCCCCUUAUCCAUUAAAAACAGCGGACACACUAUGGAAGGCGAUUCUUCGUCACCAAGUUCACUCGUUCUUUGGACUCAGCAUCUGAAGAAGAUGGAGCACCAUGAUUCCUUUGUUCUCGACGGUUGUGAUAGCAACGAACCUGUACAGAGAGCCAUCACGACAGGGGCUGGCGUCUCAUGCGGCGAAGUGUACAAAUUUGCAGAGCAAAACAGUGCCAUGAUUGUCUGCGGCUACUCUCCCAGUGUUGGUAUCUCGGGUGGCUGGGUGCAGAAUGGUGGCCAUUCGAUCGUGAGCAACGUGUAUGGUUUAGGCGUCGACCGAGUCCUGCAAUUCAAGGUCGUCACACCAGAUGGCAAGACUUACAUUGCAAACAAAUGCCAAAAUACCGACCUCUUCUGGGCUCUACGUGGUGGAGGUGGAGGUACUUUUGGCGUCGUCAUGGAAUCGACGCACCAAGUAGAGCCAGCUGCUCCAAUUUCUGUUGCUGCAAUCCACGUACCAUCAACCAACGAGGCUGUGGGUAAAUUUAUGGAUAAGCUUGUCGAUACAGCAGUACCUUUGGCUAAGGCUGGAUGGGGUGGACACAUCUACGGAAACAUGAUUAUUUAUGUUAACCCACUGUUCACCUCUCAGCAGGAUGCCCGAGCGUCUAUAAAAGACAUCGAAGACUUUGCUCUAGCCAAUGGAGGCAGCUCUAACAUUACUGUCUCGCCGACAUUCUAUUCCUUUUUCCAAGACUAUGUGCUCUCCACAAGUUACAGUGUUGGAAAAUUGACUAUGAUUGGUACUCAACUUACACCAGUAAAGCUCUUUUCAGACGAAAGUGCAAAGGCUGACUUGAAGUCUUUCUUUUACUCGGAAAUCGCUAAAGGAAAUUAUCCCUACAUCCCCGUCGACAGCCCGUACAUUUUCCAACGCAAAGAUGCUGAUGCCACAUCCACCAACCCAGCAUGGUACUCAACAUUGUGGGAAGUUGGCAUCAGCGCUUCCUUUGCCUGGAACGGCACCUUUGAAGAGCGCAAGGCGGCCGUGGAUGGGUUCAAACAAGGAACCAAACAGUUGCAGAAAGUAACGCUUGGUGGCGCUGCAUACAAGAAUGAAGCAGAUCCCUUGACACCCAAUUGGAGAGAGGUCUGGUAUGGCGUUCACUAUGACCGUCUAGUUUCUAUUAAGGAAAAGUACGAUCCGAACAAGCUCCUCAAGUGCUGGGGCUGUAUCGGUUGGACCGACGAAGACGCCCGCGAAUCUAGUCUCCGAGCUUUUAUUUAA